UAAAGGAAGUGACUGUUCCUACAGACUGUACAGGAGCAGGGGGAUGUGGACGGCUGCCUGCUCAGUGUAGCUCCAGGCUGCCAGGGACACAUUUAUUCAAUACAACCCACACAAAGGACAGAAGACAUGGCAUCCAUGGCGGCGGCCAUAGCAGCAGCCCGCAUCUCCGUGUCGGGGAACCGGCCCCUGGACGAGAGGGAGAGGAACAGAUUUGCUUAUUUCUCGUCCCUCAACUCCAUGGCUAAAAAGAUCAUGCAGGACAAGGAGCGGGUGAGGGAGCGGUACGGUGCCCAGUGGGAGAAGAUGCCACCCAAGGAGCAGGACGAAGCCAUAGACAAGAGCCUGGUGGACCCGGAGCUGCAGAAGAGAUAUGCCAUCCACAAGGGCAGCAGCCAAGCCGAGCCCGUGCCCUCCUACCCGGUGCUCAAGACCCAGACUGGCCAGAAGGUGGUGCACUUUGGCGAGGAGGAUAUUACUUGGCAAGAUGAACAUUCUGCACCGUUUUCCUGGGAAACCAGAAGUCAGAUGGAAUUCAGCAUUGCCUCAUUGUCCACUCCAGAGCCAGCAAGCACUACCGUACAGAGUGAGCAGAAGCAAACCCCCAAAUCUGCCAAUCAAAGCAACCAAAUGAAGACUCCCCUUGGAAAUUCAGCUGCAAAGCCACCUCAGGGAAUGAGGACACCUAAUUGUGAGGGGUCAACGCCAGUAAGAAAGGAGGAAGAAUCAUCCUUUUGGAAAAUAAGCAUGGAACGGUCUCGAGUUGAAGGUUCACAGUCAGACUUUCAUUCUUUAACACCCAGUCAGAUAAAGUCCUUAGAAAAGGGAGAGAAACCACUUCCUGUCUAUUGUAGACAAGAUUCCUUCCAGAAGGAGAAGGAAGUUACGAAGCUGGAGAAACCCGAGAAGUCUCUUGUGUCUGAAAAGCCAUCUGUGGUCACAAAGCAGCCAAAGACAACCAAUCCAAGUAGUGUUUCUUUCGCUUCGGAGACUCCUAGACCAAGCCAGUCUUCUGUCAGCACUUUAGAUGAUGUCUUUCUUUCAGAGCCACCAGCACUAAUGCCACCAGUGACAGAAACUAGUAAGGAACCUCAAAAGGAUGAAGCUAACUCAACAGAACCUCAGCUGUUUUCACAGAUAAACACCAGCAGCUUACUUUUGAAGACCGGGUUUGAUUUUCUUGACAACUGGUAACAAGGCUCAUCACUGCUGUUUGGAAUCUGUUGGGAGACACGGGCUAAUGGUCCUCUUUAUUAGAUGGUUUUGCGGUAACCUCUUCCUAGAUGGCUUUUUGUAAAUCUGUGCUCAUUUUUUUUCUAUCAUUUUGUGAUGUAUUUGUUAGUUGAACCUUUAUGUACUGUUUUGGUGAAGUCAAGGUGCCUAUACUACGCCUGUGUCCCUUUUCCUGCAAGGUUUCAGAAAGUCAUUUUAUGACAAUAUUACUAAUGACAUUAAAACCAAAAAAUGCCUAUAUACUUCACACAAAGUAUGCUACCUGAUAUUAGUCUUGUUGGACUUCUCUUUGUAGUUUAAUAAUGCAUCUUAGAUCAUCAUUUUAAGUAGACCCAAAAAAUGUGUAUUUAACAAAUGUUCAAGCCACAAAACUGGUCAGAACGCGAUAAAACUCGUACAGUAUAUAUUUUCUUUCUGUUUUAUGUACAAUGUGUCAUAAGGAUUUAAAGGGAUUAUGCCAUGAUUGAUGUAAAAAAUGAAAAUCAGACAUCAUAUACAGUGGUGUACAUAGAUAAGUAAGGGC